AUGUUACCAUCAUCGAAUGAAUCAGAUAUUCAGUUUCAACUUUAUUUCCUUGGUUGUGAUUCAGAUUCUAUUACUCGUUCAUCAAAUGAUACAUCAAUUGUGGGUCAUGUAAUUCGUUCGGCAACAAAUAAAAUUCAAAAAUUUGAAAAAAUAUAUAAUAGAAAAGAAUCAAAUCGUGUCACUGAUAUUGAUCAACUUUCUUUAUUCCACAGUCCUACUUCGUUCCCACGAAAAAAUACUACAAGACGUGUAUCAAUAGAAAUUACAAAAAAUGAAAACUCUAAACUAUCAAUACCAAUAGUUAAAUCUGUGUCUAGUACUCGAUCACCAUCAUUGAUUGAAAUUAAAGCAGACACAAAAGUAUCUAUUCCUCAAGCACCACCAUUACCAAACUCGUUCGAUUUAGCAAUUAAAUUACAAUCAAAGUCAUUUAAAACAGCAAUUAUUUCACCUGAUCAAGAAACUUUAUGGUCCAAAGUAAGAGUUAUUUAUUUUUAA